GCCCGGCCCCCCCGCCGCCGAUGGCCGCAGACCCGCCGGGAGCUGCCGAGAAGGGAGAGAUGGCUCCCGGGACACGUGUGAGCCCUCGGCGUUGCUGACGCCCCCAAUGUCGUCGAGCAGCCGGGGGCCGGGGGCCGGAGCGCGCCGACGCCGAACCCGCUGCCGCCGCUGCCGGGCCUGUGUGCGCACUGAGUGCGGGGACUGCCACUUCUGCAGAGACAUGAAGAAGUUCGGGGGGCCCGGGCGCAUGAAGCAGUCGUGCCUGCUCCGGCAGUGCACUGCCCCCGUGCUCCCACACACAGCUGUGUGCCUCUUGUGUGGGGAGGCUGGGAAGGAGGACACAGUAGAGGGAGAGGAAGAGAAAUUUGGUUUGAGCCUCAUGGAGUGUACAAUCUGCAAUGAGAUCGUCCACCCUGGCUGCCUGAAGAUGGGGAAGGCUGAGGGUGUCAUCAAUGCGGAGAUCCCUAACUGCUGGGAGUGCCCUCGCUGCACCCAGGAAGGCCGGACCAGCAAGCUUCCAUCUCCCCAGGAUUCAGGUGAGGGACCAGGCCGCCGCAGGGCUGACAACGGCGAGGAGGGUGCCAGCCUGGGGAGUGGAUGGAAGCUGACGGAGGAGCCGCCGCUUCCCCCACCCCCACCCAGGCGCAAGGGCCCCUUACCUGCUGGGCCCCCCCCAGAGGACGUGCCUGGGCCCCCCAAAAGAAAGGAGAGGGAGGCAGGGAAUGAGCCCCCCACCCCAAGGAAAAAGGUGAAAGGAGGCCGAGAGAGGCACCUGAAGAAGGUGGGUGGAGACGCCUGCCUCCUCCGAGGAUCGGACCCAGGCGGCCCCGGCCUUCUGCCCCCCAGGGUUCUGAAUCCGAGCCAGGCUUUCUCAUCCUGCCACCCUGGGCUCCCUCCCGAGAACUGGGAGAAACCAAAGCCGCCUUUGGCCUCUGCUGAGGGCCCGGCAGUGCCAUCCCCGUCCCCACAGAGGGAGAAGCUCGAGCGUUUCAAGCGCAUGUGCCAGCUGCUGGAGCGGGUCCCUGACACCUCCUCGUCCUCCUCGGACUCGGAUUCCGACUCUGACUCUUCAGGCACAUCGCUCAGUGAGGAGGAGGCCCCUGGCGAGGCCCGGAAUGGGCGACGGCCAGCCCGGGGCAGCUCGGGCGAGAAGGAGAACCGCGGGGGGCGGCGGGCUGUGCGCCCCGGCAGUGGGGGGCCCCUCCUCAGCUGGCCCCUGGGCCCCGCCCCACCGCCCCGGCCCCCACAGCUGGAGAGGCACGUGGUCCGGCCCCCACCUCGAAGCCCUGAGCCCGACACGCUGCCUUUGGCCGCUGGAUCCGACCACCCGCUGCCCCGAGCCGCCUGGCUUCGUGUCUUCCAGCACCUCGGGCCCCGAGAGCUGUGCAUUUGCAUGCGAGUCUGCCGGACUUGGAGCCGCUGGUGAGUGGCCUGGACGGGCCUAGGUUCCCACUUGCCGUAUGACCUGCGACAGCCAGUUUUGAUCUCUCUGGGUCCUGUUCUUACGUUGAUCAUACUCCUGUAGUAUGGAUGUUUUCUAGUCUGAUACUUCCGUAUUUG